UAUGCGCUACUACCAGCCUGGUUUUGUUGACAACCAGAUGGACCUCGUGAGCUAUGAUAUCUUGCUGGAGGCAUUGUCGGCCAGUAGGACUGAAAUGGUCAAGUUCUGCCGCUGGAAAGGACAGAACUGUCUGGAAGACCGAUUUUGGGUGACGGUAAUGACCAGAAUUGGGCUCUGUCGACAACUUGUUCUGCCCGACAGGGAGGUGUCCCUUUCAGAAGAAAAACUACAGCUAAUUUUGGAUGCGGAGACUUACCAAGCAGUUCCCACAUACCAGAUAGGGGGAGGGGUGAGUUUGAAGGUGUUCAUCUUUGAGCCAGACACUACAAUUCUAACUGCUUGGGACAAGAGUUACUCCUUCGAGAUAGGACCAGGCAAGAGUUGGCAUGUGGCGCUGUCUACCAAGCAAUUCCGCGACUUGUCUGGGUUCAACGACUGCGUGCAAGAGGGAGAGUUGGGAGUUCUUCGGUAUUACGACCGUGGGUAUGCUCAGAUGCUGUGCGUGAGCGAAUGCUACUCGGAAAUAGAGCUGGAGCUAUGCAACUGCAGAGACAUGACUCAGACCUUCCUCGAAAAGAUGGCUUCUUUAGAGUGCGGACAUAUCACCAUGAUCAUGUGUCCACGAAAACAAGAAGAGAUCAUGAGGACUUGUAUGGAAAGAUGCAAACCCCAGUGCAGCUUUACGCGCUUCAACUUCAAAAAGACUGUCACCAGUUUCCCCAACCCGGGAAUCACCCAAUACUCCCGAUGGCUGGUACCCGACUCCAACAUAACCUUCGACUACAUGCGAAAGAACUACGCCGAGUUGAGCAUCAAUAUGGGGGACAUGACAGUCGAACACACUGAAAUCCGAGCCAAAUACGAAAUCUUUUCGGCUACGAGUGCGCUCGGUGGACUUCUCGGACUGUUCUUCGGGGGUAGCUUGCUGACUAUCUAUGAAUUGAUAGAACUGCUCUUCGCUAUUUGUUAUGAGAAUGCACACUUUUUUCUUCGAAAUUGCACACUCACGAAGUUCACGUUGAGACGCGUUUCUCCAUAUAACUAAAAGCUGAAAGAAGGUGCAUGUUACUGCGCAAAUAAAAUGA